AUGUUGAAGAACCCUUCUAUUGCUCCUUUGUUUCGCAUGACAGAUGCCAACCUUCAAGCAUACAUCUCUACCGUGUUUCAAUGCACCUCUAGACGACAUGAAUCAACUGCUCCCAUUGAAGAAUGGUGGAAAUUGUUACCCAUAAUCAACGAACACGAAAACUAUUACAUACUGACAGCAGAGGAAAUAGUAGCUUUAGAGACUUAUUGUAUCAAUAACCUAGAAGUUGAAAUGACACCUCUUGAAUUUGUUAAACUACUUGACCUUGUUCGAUAUUCAGAUUCAGAAAUAGAAGAAGACGAGAUAGAAAUCACGCCUCAAAUGAGCAUAUCAUCCUCUCUUAGACCUAAACAUAUCAGUUAUUUUGAUGAUACAGAUAGCGUGCAUCAUCCGGAACCAUUUGAUGAAAUCAUGAAUAAUAAUAAUAAUCGAACAAGGAUACCUUAUAAUACACCCAUUCAACAACAAGUAGAGGAGAUUAGGAAACUAAAGCAAGAAAAGACAAGUUUAUUAGCUCAACUGAAAGAAAACGAUGUCAAGAUACAAAAGAUGGCUAAAGAACAUUUAGAACGUAUCACUCAGUUGGAAACAAAGAUUCAAUAUUUAAACCUUGAAAAGGAAAAGCAAAAAUCAGUGACAAAUGAGCAUGCAAAGAAAGAAAGAGAACGACUGAACAAGAUAGCAGAGCUACAAGAUACCAUAAAAAAGACAGAAGAAAAAUAUACAGCAUGUUCAAAAAAGUUGUCAAAGAAAGAGGAAGAAGCGACAAAGUUACAGGAAAGACUGAGGCAAGCAGACAAAGAAACAAAUCAGAUCAAAGAACUAAAGACGACCAUUUCUGAGCUAAGACAUGAAUUAGAAGCUCAUCAGCAUGAAAAUGUGAAACUUAUGGAGAUAAUUGAUAAACAAAAGUUUGAUUUAGAUGAAGCAAGAAGUGGGUUGAAUCAUUUCUAUAACAAAGAUCAAGUUGAGCUAGAAGCAGAAUACGCCGAACGAUUAACACAAAUGAAAAAAGAACGCGAUAUGCUUCUACAACAGAUUGAGCAACACCAAGCAAUCGUCUUCACUAUUUCCCCUGUCAUUCCAACUUGUUCAUUCAAUUCAUGUCAUACAUUGCUUGGAUCUAUUUAUUAUACCACCUAUUUCUAUCCGUCUGCAGCUAUUAUACAGAUGAGACACCCUUAG